AUGACAAGAGGUGGAAAAAAGAAACAUUUAGAUGAAAUGGGAGAUGAUGAAGCAGGUGCUGCAGUGGACACAGGGCUUAAAAAAGGAGGCAGCCCGGAGGAUAAACUGGAUGAACUUGCAGGUCUGGUCAAAUCAUUAAUACAGUCUCAAGCAGCAAGAGAUCAGCAAAUAGAGAAUGAGUCCGCUCGACAAGAACAAAGAUGGAGAAGUAUGCAACACCAGUUUCGGCAGAUCCAACUCCAGGUGAAUGAAAUGAGAGAUGAGCAACAGCAGGACCAAGACAACUUUGGAAUGGAUAAUGACAGACAAAGUGACAGGGGUGAACCGGACGAGGGGCCUAGUAUGGUGAGUCAGCAAGCGGGGGUUUUGCCCAGGCGGGAACCAUUAACACACAGAGAUCCCAAAUUGCUCCCGCUGACUUCAGAGGAUGACAUUGAACACUUUCUGACUACGUUUGAGAGGAUGGCUCAAGUUUGCCGUUGGCCCAGAGAGGAAUGGGCUGUUCGACUGGUUCCUCUGCUCACAGGUAAAGCACGUAGUGCUUAUGUGUUCAUGGACAUUGCUGAUUCUGAAGUGUAUGACAAGGUUAAAGAUGCCAUUCUUGUCAAGUAUGAGAUAACCGCUGACACCUAUCGUAGAAGGUUUCGAUCCCUGGACAUUCAUCAGAAUGAGACUCCAAGAGAACUAUAUGUCCGCCUUAAAGAUUUGUUUCACAAGUGGGUGAAACCAGAGAAAUCCACUGUGAAGGACAUUUCUGAACUGAUUAUCCUGGAGCAGUUUCUGAGGAUGGUGAAUCCGGAUUUGGAGGUGUGGAUACGGGAACGAGCUCCUAAGUCUGCAGAGGAGGCCGCAAGCCUAGCAGAAGUCUUCAUGUCUGCCAGAACGGGGACCAGAAGAACCACCUUUGGUCGGGACGGUUUCUUGACUAGUCGAAAUGUUCCCACACUGCUAGAUUUAGUACACAACGGAGAAGCUAAAAAUCUGAACUUUGCAAAUGAUCUAAAGGAGGCUGAGUCACCAGAAGUCGACUCAUUAGGUCAGGCAGGUGACCGGCAGGCAAACCUAGGGCCUUUACUUCCAGUUUGUAAUUUGGUGACUACCAGAGCUCAGAAGGCCAGGAACCCCCUUAAAGAGCUGCCAUUUUUUGAUGUGGAAUUGGAGGCAGGCUCAGUUAAACCAACAAAGUCCAGAGCUCAGAGGAGAAGGGAUAAGUUUUUGGGUUCGGCCAGGCCAGAAGUUGAACAGCACAUGAAGCCCGCUCAGUUUCUGGAGUUGGAUGUGCCCUCCGAUAUAUCAGCACUGCAGCAGACUGAACCGACCUUAAAGCCCUGGUUUGAUAAAGUCUCAGAGGUUGAAGGGAAGAAGCAGGGAAGAACAGAUGUUCUUGCAGAAGCAACCUAUGCU